CACUCUCCAGGGUGAUGAAGAAGAUGUAGCUGCUCGGCCUGAAAACACAAACAUUGUUCGGUUUUAAGACGUUAACUGUGUGAACCGUUACAGCAGGUACGAUGGCCGGUAUCAGGAGAGUUACCGGGAAGUUCUCGGGAAUCAACCCCGCCGUCAGUUGCUGUCGUCUGCGUCAGGUUCAGUCUCUGCUCUGUGAGGGUGGUGCUGCCACUCCUGAUGGCAUCCUGUGCUCUCUGGGGAUUGACAGCAGAUAUAACGAGGGCUGCACUGAGUUGGCCAGAUACCUGUUCUAUGGACUGUACGGGAGAAAUCAGCUGAAUGUGGAACAUGUCCUGGAGGAGUUCCCUGAGGAAAUGCUGGAUGAUGUAAUCCUGCUGAUCAAGGCGGAGUGUGUUCACCUGUACUGCAACCCACUGAACUACAGUUACCUGUUGCCCUACGUGUCCCACUGGAGGAACCUGCAUCUCUACUGCAUGACAGAAACAGAGUAUGAAGACGAAGAAGCAGCAGAGGAAUUCAAAAUCUCCAGUUUUGUCACAAUGGUGCAGGACUGCUAUCGUAUCGGAGUACCUUACAGCUCCCAGGGACACGUUCAGAGGUUUGAUAUGUUCAUGGUGGAGAAGUGGCCCCUAAUUCAGGCAUUCGCCCUGGAAGGCAUCGGUGGAGGAAGCUUUUUUACCAUGAAAUACAAGCUCAUGGACAUGAGUGAGAAGCUGUGGCAGGUUUACAACAGACUGGACCCAGUGUCCCUGGACACUCUCCUCACAGAGGACUUGGUGAACUUUGAGAAGCAGUGGAGUGGCUUCUUCUCCAGCAUGGACCUGGAGAGCCACCUGUCCAUCCUGGAGCUGUCUGAAGCACAGGCAGGAGAGGCGUUCCGUACGUAUUACUCUCAUGGACUGAUCUCAAGCAACAUCACAGAUAAAAGUAAAAGUCAGCAGCCCUUUGUGCUGUUUGGGAAGCAUUCAUCCUCAGAGGAUUUGGAGAGUUACUCCUUCAACUUUCCCUCAGAGAGCCAUCAGGUCCGCAACACAGGGUCCCUGGGCUCUGCAGCCAGACACAUGAUUCUGCAGUGUGUGUCCCCUAAAGGACCUCUGGCCUGCUCUCGAACCUAUUUCUUUGGGACCACUCACGCUCCGUACCUUGGGAACCAGAACACAGAGCAAAAGAAAACACAAGUCUUACUUUUGUCACAGAUUUAUUCAGCUGCUGUUCAGGCGGUCCUGGCAGGGAUCAAAUGCUACUCCUGUUUCUCCAGCGCCACCAAGGCUAAAGACGUAGCAGAGAACACCUUUCUGUUGGCUUUGGACUCAAUGAAUUUGAGUCAAUACCGCAGUUCUCUCAGGUCCAAAUGUGAAUUCAGCAUUCAGGCAGUGAAUAAUCAAGGAAGGAUCAUUCCUCUGACUGAUGAAGAAAGUCGUUACGUAGUGAAAACAGCCUCCAUGACUGUCCACGACAUCCCAGACCUGCAGUGGGACGGAGGGGACCUGGGCUCUGUGGUCUUCUCUGAAUCCUUCCUGGAGUCCAGCAUCAACAUCCAGCAGAAAGAUGGCACUGUGUCCUCAGACAGCUGCUACACCAUCCUGACUACAACUGUGCCUCGCUACGCCUGCUGGCUGAUGGAAUCUGACGUCAAGCAAUCUGAGCAGGCCCAACAUCUUUCUAAGAGAGAGGAAGGCACUUGUCUGGGAGCCGCUCUGACUGUAGCAGACGCUGCGUAUGCGUUCUCCAGCAGCCAACUCUCCACACCUGAAGAAGGAAAAAUCAUUUUCUUCUCUGAGGGCCUGCUGUUUAUUCACUCUCAAUAUGGAAGCAUCACCCUGUCCAAGGAUCACAUCAGCAACAUCAAGUUCUAUGAUCCGGACUCCAGUGCUGUGGCGUCUCUCCUUGUGGAGUAUGAGAGCAGCCUGCUGCCCCACCUGCCGUUCCCGCUCCACAGUGCUGACCACUGUCUGGUCUUUGCUCUUCAGCCCAGGUCAAAGGGCCACAGGGCCUUCUACUCCAAGGUGUUGUCCGUGUGGCAGAACUGUGAGUCUGGACUCACUCUGCAGUUGGUGGAUGAAGAGCACCUGACUUGGAACCAGAAAAACAUGCACAGCAGACUGAAGAAGCUGCACAACAGCCAGGAGCCUCCGGUGGCCAAACGCAGAGGGAGCCUGAAGACUUCAUACUCCCAGCUGCCAGAGCAGGACAUGUUUCUUCAGCACUUUGCCUUGAGUAGUAUUGGACAGGAGCCCAUUCUUUUUGACCACCUGGGGGUGCUCUUCCCCUCCGCUGAGCUGAGGAACCCAGUCAACAGUCAGGGAGACAAGGUCGUCAUCACCAUCAUCACUGGAUUACCAGGAAGCCAUAAGAAGAGACUCUGCGACUUCCUGGUCCAGUUAAACAAGGAACAUGGAAGGUGGGUGGUGUACCAGCCUGGUCCUGACAGCUGUGACAGCUUCUCAGCCUCUCACCUGCAGCAGUAUCUGUCUAGCUUCCUGGAGAGCCAGAGAAGCCCCGGAGGCAAACCCCGUCUGUUGGUGCUCUCACCUGGAUACACAGAUGUUCUGGAUGUGGUCCAGGCUGUGCUUUUCCACCCUGACCCAGUUGUCCAAGCGUGUUUCACCAUCGGCGCGGUCACUGCUUGUGUGGACCCCCUCGCCUCCUGUGUGGAGCACAGGUUUGCAUUUCCUAAACUGUUGGAACAGUGCAGCCAAGGUAUUGUGAGUACAGUGGUGUUCACCGGGCUGACAGCAGAGCAGAAGCACCCUCUCAUGCAGCAUGUUCAGCAGUUGGUACGCUCUGCCAACCCCACCGCAGCCUUCAUACUGGCAGAGAGAGGAGCUGUCACCAGGAAUGAAGAUGUGAACCUGAUAUUUUCUGAGAGCAGCUUCAAUGAGCCUCAGAUGCUGAGAGCAUGUUACGUCCUCUACCCUGGAUGGUGCAAAGGGCGCUUCUUCACCGGUUCUGGCUCUCUGGUCCUCACGCAGCAGUGCGUGGCUUUUAGCCGGCCCCUGGAGAGGCCUCUGUUUGUCGCCCGCUGCAAAGCAUUAAAGUCAUCGCUGAGGCCGAGCCCCUUCAGAGGAAACAUGUACAACGUUUGGGGGAAAGUCAGAUUUUCUGACUCAGACCAGCUGAUGGAGGUGAGCUACAACACAGUGAGAGGGAACCUGAGCGUCGUCCCAGUGCAGAGCAGUGACCCUUUGACCCCGGGCCCCAAAGAGACCAACACGUCCUGCUUCCUGGUCUUUGAUGGUGUCGGCCUCACUGAGGACGGACUAAAGGACUGGCUCAGACUCUGCGCCAAGCAGAGGCAGACAAAGAAGCCGAAGAAGACUAAAAAUAACCUUUCACCACAAGAAAUCAAGAACAUACAUAUGACCCGACACUUGGACCCUCUACCACCAGGCUACUUCUACAACGGUUAUCAAUAUGUUGACAUCUUUGGAGAAAAAAGGAACAUCCAUCCCAACAUGGAGGAGUUCAUCACAGAGUACCUCACCGAGGCCAACAAGGAGAUCGAGCUAUUCAACCGUCAGCUGGAGCUGCAGGGACAGCCCGACCUGUUUGAUCCAUGAUAGAGUCUGUCUGUAUGUCCGCUGCCUCCAUCUGUCUUACUUCACUCUGAGGGAACUGCUGUG